CCAUCGCGGCAGUGAGCAUCUCCAGGGCUCGUUCAGUGCGUGGCGGCGUAGGCUGUAGCCUGUAGGUGGACAUUCACUCUCUUGUACUGCCGCUGUGUGGAUUGUGUGCACUCUGGAGUCUGGACUGUAGACUCCGUGGACUAUAGACUCACUCCUGCGGGGUGUGUACGGUCGCUCUGUAGAUUGUCGCCUGUUGUGUGCUGAAGCCCGUGUGUGUGUGUGGACCUUAGACUGCGUAGACUGCAGCAGCGUGGACUGUAGCUGUGUGCCGACUGUGGUACUCAACCAUGGAGGUGGCUCAGCUUUGGGACUGCCAGGCGUGGAAAGCUGACGGGCUUCCGCUCGCCACGACGAGCAACGAGGCGUGCAAGAUGUACGACGCGGCCCUCCAGCAGUACAUGGGCUGGUUCAACGACGCCUCGCUGGGCGGUCUCGAGGGGACGAUGUCCAGGCUCGUGUUCGCCGACCCAGACUUCGUGAUGGGAGGGGUUCUGGUCAGCGGCCUGGAGCUGAUGGGAACGGGGAAGGCGCUCGCCGACCCGGGGCUGCGCGGGAACCUGGAGCGGCUGUCGUCGCUGGUGGCGCAGCAGGGUGGCGACAAGCUCAGUGAGAGGGAGCGGGAGCACGCGCGCGCCAUCCAGCUGUUCGGAGACGGGCGCAUGUGGGAGGCGUGCCAGGCGUGGGAGCGCAUCCUGCACGCUCACCCCAAGGACCUGCUUGCUCUCAAGUUCGCGCACGAUGCGUACUUCUACUUGGGCAAACGCGAGCAGAUGAUGGACUCCAUCAGCCGCGUGCUGCCAUCGAACCUCGGCUCGCGGCACUACGGACAUCUGCUGGCAAUGCACGCGUUUGGGUUGGAGGAAAACAAUCUGUUUGAUCUGGCAGAGAAGGCGGCCAAACAGGCCCUGCAGAUGAACGAGCGCGACGGUUGGGCCACACACGCCUUGGCUCACGUCUACGAGAUGACCGUCGCACCUGCCAAGGGGAGAGCGCUGAUGUCUCAGACCGAAAACAAUUGGGAGGUGUGCGACAUGCUGGCUUGCCACAACUACUGGCACUGGGCCCUCUACUGCCUGGAAAAGGGAGAAUAUGAAGAAUCCCUGACCAUUUACGACACCAAGGUGUGCCCCCGGCUCAAGGAAUCUGGCGGAAUGCUGGACGUGGUGGACGCCUGCUCGAUGCUCUACCGCCUCACACUCGAGGGCGUCUGCGUCGGAGAGCGCUGGAAGGAGCUCGCGAGCGUCACCCGCUCCCACGUGGGGGACCACACCCUGGUCUUCAACGACCUCCACCUGCUCAUGUCCACCUUGGGAGCGAAGGAGGUGUCGCUCACGGACCAGCUGACGUCCGCCAUGGAGGAGCGGAGGGGCGACGCGCGCGACCAGGACCGCGUCGCCAGGCGUGUGGGGGUGGACCUGUGCCGCGCCCACGUGGCGUUUGACGCCGGGAAUUACGGUGAAUGCGUCGAGCUCCUUCAGCAAGUGCGCUACGACGUCCCCCGCAUGGGGGGCAGCAACGCGCAGAGGGACGUCUUCAAUUUGCUGCUGAUUCACUCGGCCAUUCUCUCUCCUGAACCGGAGCACAAACGGCUGGCAAGGAGUCUCCUGGCGGAGAGGGACGCCGUGAAGCCGGGAUCGUGCAUGACGCAGCGGCUGCUUCAAGCCGCACAUUCCCCCUGAUCAACGAUAACUCGGAGUGCACGGCGCUGAUGCCAUUCAUCGACCCCUUCCCCAGCGCCACCCUCGUACAAGAUGCUCUUUCCUGCUCACGCGCACGCACAACACGACGCAGAAUUUCCACACGGCAGCACUCGCAGAUU